CUCAAACAUAUUUUUUUACAUGGGCAACACAUAUCGGCGUGGGUUUUGGUGAACGAUUGUUGGCGUGGGUUGAUUCAUAACAAUUUACGUAUAUUUUUAACGAAAACUGGACAGAAAACAGAAAAGACGAUUAAAUUAUUAUAUUAUGGUAAGGAGUUGGAGUCCUUCAAAGCACACUGAAUAACACAGGCCGCCGCGAUGUCGCAGCAAUACAGCCUCAGGUGGAACAACCACCAGCCGAACUUCAUAUCCAUGUUCACGACGCUGCUGAACACCCAGACCCUGGUGGACGUGACCCUCGCGGCGGAGGGCAAGCAUCUGCAGGCGCACAAGAUCGUGCUCUCAGCGUGCAGCACUUACUUCCAGGCGCUAUUCGUCGAUAACCCAUCCCAGCACCCCAUUGUGAUCCUCAAAGAUGUGAGCUUCGCAGACCUGCGAACCAUGGUGGAUUUCAUGUACUGCGGGGAGGUCAAUGUUACUGAGGAGCAGUUGCCACAGGUGUUAGACACAGCCAAGCACCUAAAGAUCAAAGGCCUCACCGAGAUGCCGGAGACGACCUCCCUCACCCGCUCACAAGGCAACGAGAUGCAGUCGCAGGCGGACUCGCUGGACUCGAACCGGCACUCGGCCUCGCCCGCCACCUCGCCCAACACCAAACGGAAAAGGUACGGAAUACGCAGAAAAAGCUCAACCGGUUCCACGUCGCUCAACAUGGUCGAGGAGCACCGCGAGGAGCAGCAGGAGCCCGCGCGCGAGUCCGUCACGCUCAGCAGCCUGCCGCGCAGGCGCGAGUAUGAAGACACGCAUCAGAACACCGACCCCCACAUGAACGUGGAACCAUUGCCCAUGGAGGGAGGCUCCGCCGGUCUACCGCAAGGGGCCCAGUGGAGUAUGAUGGACACGUACCCCCGAUACUCCAACGCGUGUCUCGGCCUCCAACACGACCCGGCCAUGUAUAUGGGCAACGUCAUCAACCAGCACAUGGAGAACGACAUCAACGAGUACGCCCAAGCAGUCGGAGUGACGGGACCCAGCCCCGGACCGAGCUGCGUCCCCGAAGCACAAGUCACUCAAGAACAAACCCCCCAACAACCCAAGAGGCGCAGAGCCACCAACCCACAGUCAGAAGAGAACUUCCAAAGGGCAUUGGAAGCAGUGCGCUUCGGCGGCAUUGGCUUCUGCAAAGCCGCUCGAAUGUUCGGAGUCAACAACAGAACACUGUGGCUCGAAUACAAGAAGAAAGGCUACCCCAACAACCGACCCAGCAUCAAAUCCCGCAUCAAAAGGGAACACACCACCCCCCCGCCAGAACACAAAGAGGACCCCCCACUACAGGAACAGCAGAUGGUCCUCUGCCCCCCACACCCAGUCCCGGUCGGCUUCAUCGACUCCCGACCCUUAGACUUCAACCUACAAGGCGUCCCGCACAACUCCCCCCUCAACAUUUUAGGGGUGAACUUCAAUAACAUGCAAUAGAAUACCGCGUGCGGGGCUCCCGUUGAAGAGUACCACUUGUGACAAGAGUGGGCGGGCGAGCCGCCGGCCACCCCGCCGAGAGUCCCGCGCUACGAUAUUUAUACGCACAUGCUGAUGUAAAUAGUUACCGGUCAGCCGGCCUGGGGGUGUCUGGCUGUAGUUAAACCUUCACACACUCAUGUCGAGCCUUCGACCGCAAAACACGCAAGUCUACAGCCAAUGACGUGCACUACAAGGUUCACGAUCACGCGCUGAACACGAUCUGAUUUUAGGUGACAAAAACUGUUUAUUAGCGGUCUGUAACUAGGUUUUGGUCACAAUAACUGGUUCUUAUUGGGCAACAACUGGUUUUUCGUCCCUGAUAACUGCUAUUGGGUGACCGUAAUUAGUUUUUAGCGUUCAAUAACUGGUAUUUAGAAAUUUAUUGACACUAAUGACUAAACUAGUUUUUGACCACCAGUUUUUCUACGCCAAAAGGUAUUUUUCUACAGUCAGUAGGUACCCAGGUAUUAAAGUAGGUCCAGUAUUAAAGAACCCCACCUAUGACGUCAUACCUCUAUAUAGCAAUAACUGGUGGGACGCCACAAUGCCUUUUCUACUCAGGUUGAUGACGUCAUAGUUAUUGGGUGGCGCGGUCAGUAAACGCGAAGAUCGAGCUGUACUACACUAGAGGACAAUGGAAACGGGUCACUGUAUGACCAGUUUUGAUAUCAUCUGAGUGCGGGAAAAUUACACCCAAGCAUUUAUACCCAGUGUUUUAAAUUUUAAAAGUUGCUUGGUAAAGUAAUUUUCUUUUAUAUUUUGUCUUAAAACAUGGCAUGGCAAUGACAAGUAAAUAGUAAAGACAGCUAUCAGAAAAUAAAAAAUGCG